UAUAAUUUUGAAAAGUAUCAAACUUCAGUGUGAUAUAUAAAAUCGGGAAUAUGAUAAAAACUUGAUGACCAUAUUAUGUUUUGGAAAUAAAGUGUGCACAAAAAUAUUUAAAUACUAGACUUAAUCUCGUGACACGUUCAUAGCGGAUAAUGGCAAUUCCAACGCGGUAUGGAACAAUUUAUGCCCAGGAAGUCCAGAUGCCGUCGUCAUGGAACGAGUAUAUAUCGCUGGUACUGACGGACAGUGGCUUCGUGACAAACAGCGCAAUCUUCGGCACAGACGGGCGGAAGUGGGCCUCGACUCACGGGUAUGGCCUUACUAGUGACGAAAUAAAAACUCUUGUGUUUGGUUUUAUCGAUCCAUCAAAACUAUGGAAGGACGGUGUUCGGGUCGGAGGACGGACAUUCACGUGUACACGUGCGGAGAGUGGUCUGAUCGUGGGCCGGGAAAGCACCGAGGGGACGGGAUGCGUCGUUUUCCGGUGUAAUAAAUGUAUAGUGAUAGCUACGCACGAGGAAGGUGCACACCCAGGCGGGUGUUAUAAUGUGGUGACUAAAUUAGGAGAAUAUUUAAAGGAGCAAGGUAUAUAGCGUGUAUAAUUCAAUUAUAUGUAAUGUUAUAUAUAUAAAGUAUAUUGUUUCGUGUCCAACGCAUAACGAUAGAGAUUUUUCUAAAUCUGAGUACAACAAAUAUUGCAAAGAUCGGCUAAAAACAAUUUCAUUUACCGUACAUGAAAAUGAGCUUCUACAUUAACGUUUUAAGGUGUAUUUACUUAUGGUUAAUCAUUCUCGUUGGCACAUUAUGGCGCGAGAGCGUGGUCUUGUGUUGCAAGGGGAAAUUAUCAAAUUUGAAGAAAAAUAGUCAGUAACUGAUGCGACUGAACACCUCAAAAUGUUGCAUCAAAGUCGUUUGAUGUGUACAGCAGAGUUAAUACCUCCAAAUGUUAAAUCAAUGCGAUUGAAUGCGUACAGAAGAGCUGGCUGUAAUAUAAAAGUCAUAAUGUUUAAUAUAUAAACAAACUGUCGGCGUGCUUCAUUAACAUAAUUAAAAAUAUUGUCUAUGAGUUAACAACUUCUUUGAAGCGUUGCUGAUUUAGAGGACGCAUAGUAUCCUAAAAUGCCUAUAAACUUGACUCAGCACAUGGUCAUAAACGUUUCAUGUAACUUUACGUUAUAACGGAGCAUUAUGUGCUCAAAAUAAUUUAGUUGUUUAUAUCCACGGAGAGAAUGGAGGAAUUGAAAGUGGUCCACAUGUUGAUGUGGGUGGUAGCCCAGACAAGUUUUAUAGUGUACUUCAUACCGAGGAGAGAUAUUGAACAUCACAACUUUUGGAUUUAUCGGCACGCUAGACUCAAUAUCACAAACAUGGACUACGAAAUCAGAGCCCGUGCGAUCGAAGCUUGCUGUCAACGGAAAUUAAAUUGUUUUUUUUUAUUUGUUUAUCUUUGCAUGCAUGUAUUGAAUUGAAUUUCAACCACGUAUUCAUAACUUUGAUAUGGUACGUUUUGUUUAAGGGAAAAGGUCAAAGUUGUAGUUAAUGGAUCUUUAAGUUAAGUGAAAAAUAGAGCAUCAUUGAUAUGUCACAAUAAUACAAUGACACAGUAAUGAAUGAUGGACGAAUGAUUCGUUUUGCAUGUAAUUAGAUAAUUUUUAAUUUAGUAAGCAUAAAACAUAGUAUUCCUUGUCGCUCAGCU